AUGGGAUGCAAUUUGAGUCCUCAAGCUCAACCUGAGACUGCGAGGAUUGACAAUUCUGACAACUGUGACAAUUGUAAGCCUGUGAAAGAGGCUAGUGAUGGUCAAGAAGAAAGUGUCAAGACUCUUGAUUAUGUAGGUUGUUGGCAACUGUAAUCUUUCCUUGAAUAGAUAGCACUGCUAUGUAUAACAUUUACAUUUAAACUAUUCUUCAGCUUGAUGGCGUUGACAUCUCACGUGUCAAUCAAAUCGACAUAUACUUACAUGGCAACUCAACCGAACUAGACGUUGAAGGUUCUACAACAGGUACUAAGAGUACAACAAUAAAACUUUGCGAUGAAUACGAUGUUAUUAUGGAAAAACUGACACUGUGCCUCAAGAGGGAACGUUCCUUUUCCCUUCAAAUUGAGUUGUCCGAUGAGUGUGUUUGGUCUCCAUUUUUACUCCACGUUAUGGCCGAGUUCUUUUUGUGUGAGUUAUCAUCUUCUAAAGCUUAUAUUACUUUUAAGAAGGGGGGGGGGGAAGGGUGGUUGGUUACGGUGUGAGCCUGGAAAACAGAAGGGACCUAUCAUACGGUGAGGGCAUAGAAUAAGGUGGGUGCAUGAGGUAUGUUGGAAGCUUAGGAUACGGUGGGGGAUCGAGGGUACGGUAAGGGUUGAGAGUACAGUGUAAGCUUGGUAAACAGUAGGGACUUAGGAUACGGUCAUGGCUUAGAAUACAGUGGGGGUUUAGAAUAAGGUAGGUGCCCUAGGGUACGGUAGAAGCUUAGGAUACAGUAAAGGCCUAAUGUACGGUAAGGGUCGAGGGUACGGUAGAGGCAUAGGGCAUGUUGGGGGCUUAGGAUACGGUAGGGGCUUAGAAUAAGGUAGAUACCUGGGGUACGUUGGGAGCUUAGGAUAUGGUAGGGGCCUAAGGUACGGUAAGGGUCGAAGGUACGGUAGAGGCCUAGGGUACGGUAGGAGCUUAGGAUACGGUAAGAGCCUAAGGUACGGUAAGGGUCAAGGGUACGGUAGAGGAUUAGAGUACGGUUAGGGUUGAGGGUACGGUAGAGGCCUAGGAUACAGUAAGAGCUUAAGGUGCGGUGGGGGCCUAGAGUACGUUAAGAGUCAAGGGUUCGGUAGAGGCCUAGAGUACGGUUAGUACUUAGAAUACAAUGAGGGCCUAGGGUACGGUAGGGACUUAAUACGGUCGACUUUAGAACACUGUAGAGUCGUCAAAAACCUCGUCAUCAAAUAUAUAUGUUGACAUUUUUAGACACGCUGCCGUCUGUCAAUUUAAAAAUUAGAAUGAUGCACCCAGGAAACAUGUAUAUUCCUUUCAUCGGCUUUCCCAUGAAACUUCUUCCCAUCGUUGAGCGUUUAAUCAUUGACGACCCGAUCAUUUUGUGGUUCUUCUUUGGUAAGCAAAUCAAACCGCUGACACUACUAGACACAAACAUGGAUUUUAGUUUGUUCUUAGGUGUUGACAUAAAGAAUCCGCCACACGUGGUUAACUUUGCUAUGCCUUGUUUAACUCUAUCGAAUUCUAGCUUGUUUUAUCUAGCUUUAUUUUAUCUACAUUGCUUUACCUUACUUUAUCUUAUCAUACCCUAUUCUAACUUAUCUUGCCCUACUAGACCGUACUAACGUCAAUAACUCUUAUGUUUUUAGAUUUGUUUCCACUGAAGCACGCUAAACUAGAUGAUGUUAACUUCGAAAAUCUGUCAAUGUUGGAAAAACUUUGUCUACAAAAUAUUAUAAUGCCAAAUGUCCGCUUCGUUACUGUUUUUAUCCAUCAAAGUAAAGCUGUCGGUUCGAAGUUGGUUUUGGAAAACGCUUGUAACCUGUUUCCUUCUAUGGUACAGCUUAAACUUAACUUUAAGGUAACUGUGUCAGAAGAGAGCGAGCCAAGUAAGUUUUUUAUUACCCUACCCUAUUCUACCCUACCCUACCCUACCCUACCCUACCCUAUCCUCCUACCAAAACUUCCGCUUACUGUACCUUACCUUAUCAAAACUUUUACUAUACUUAGCUCUAACAUAAAUUUAGCCCCUUACAAAAAAUUUUUUUUGUAAGAUUGCUUGUUUCAGUUAUGAAUCACGAACUGUUUACCUACGCCGGCGCCGUGUUGGACACAUUCGAGAGCAUGUUAGACUGGAAUCAAGGAAAACACGAUGUAUUCAUCGACUUUCAAGCCGUUUACAAAGGCUCAGUUAUCGAGAAUUUGGCGAGAAAAAUGACAGAAUAUAUUGGCUACGAAUGUUCCUACGACGAUGGAAAACUUUGUUUGGAUAUACAUCAGUCUAAUGUUGGUUUAGAAAUGUGUGUGAUGCAUCAAUGA